UAAUUCAACUCAAACCCAUUUAUUUUUAUUUCUUUUUUCUUUUUCCUUUCUCGUAAACGGAAGAACCCUUGAAUCGUUGAAUUCUUUUUCUUGUUCAUUUCAUUUUCUCCGAUUUGAUAUCGGAGAAACAAUCAUGGAUUCUCGACCAUUCCUCGCAUUUUCUCUCUGCUUUCUCUCCGUCUUCACCGCCUUCGCUCGCUUGCCGGAAACGCGUAUGCUCAAGCACUCCUACAAGCAAUCAACUGGAUCUGUGCUUCGAUUGAAGACGGAUUCAUCUCCGCUCAUUUUCGAUCCAACACGAGUCACUCAGCUCUCUUGGCAACCCAGGGCAUUUUUGUAUAAGGGAUUUUUAUCUGAUGAGGAAUGUGAUCACCUAAUUGAUCUGGCUAAGGAUAAAUUAGAGAAGUCAAUGGUAGCAGAUAAUGAGUCUGGUAAAAGUGUAAGUAGUGAAGUCCGAACGAGUUCUGGCAUGUUCCUUCGGAAGGCCCAGGAUAAAAUUGUUGCUGGCGUUGAAGCUAGGAUAGCUGCAUGGACACUUCUUCCAGCAGAAAAUGGAGAAUCCAUUCAAAUUCUUCACUAUGAGAAUGGUCAAAAGUAUGAACCACAUUUUGAUUUUUUUCACGACAAGGUGAAUCAGGAGUUAGGUGGCCACCGCAUAGCCACAGUCUUGAUGUAUUUAUCCAAUGUUGAAAAGGGUGGAGAAACCAUCUUUCCUAAUUCAGAGUUUAAAGAAUCUCAAGAAAAAGAUGACAGCUGGUCUGAUUGUUCUCGAAAGGGUUAUGCAGUUAAAGCGCAGAAGGGCGAUGCGUUGUUGUUCUUCAGCCUACAUCUCGACGCAACGACAGAUGAAAGAAGUUUGCAUGGUAGUUGCCCCGUAAUUGAAGGCGAGAAAUGGUCUGCAACCAAAUGGAUUCAUGUGAGAUCCUUUGAGAAGCUACCUCGUGUAAGUAGGCAGGAUUGCGUGGACGAGAACGAAAAUUGCCCGGCAUGGGCAAAAAGGGGAGAGUGCAAAAAGAACCCUACUUACAUGGUGGGUUCUGAAGGUGCUUUAGGAUACUGUAGGAAGAGUUGCAAAGCAUGCUAAAACCCAAACCCUAGGAGGAGGAAGAAGAAGUAAUCGCCAUAUCUCUCUUUCUUUUUCUGUUUUGGUGAGCUUGAGUGUCGAUUUUGUAAUGGCUAUGUAUAUAACAUUGGGCAGCAACUUGGUAUUAUAAUACUAUAUACAAUUACAAGUGGAUAUUAAUUACAUCUCUUUCAUUAAA